UACUUAUCGUUUACUUACAUCGCCUCGGUCUGGAGGAAUUAAGAUAAGGCGCAGUGAUUCACAGUAGCUUUAUGGCUGUGCGAUAAUCACCGAGAUAAAACAGACAAAAGCUGCACAGAAAAAAUACAUUAUCCCCGAGGAGCCCCCGAUAUUUUAUCUUUGGCAUAAACACUGUGCAGUCGAAGACUCCCCACUUCCAAAAAUCCGCCAUUUUGUUCAUCAACAGUUUCCGUCGGAUAUUUUUAAAGAAACAUUUAGGAGCUUCUCCUUAGUGUUUCGUCCGUUGAAAUUAAAGAUCGGGGGACGAAAUCUAUCUAUUCAGGAUGAACGGGGUAGUGUACCUUUCGUGUUUCUUGGGGUUUCUUUGUCUUUCGAUGGGACAGGUUGAUAUCCCUGCCGACUGCGGGGUCUGCGAUCGCAGUGCCUGUCCCAGCCAGGAAGACAUGGUCUGUAAGGCCGGAAUCACACGCGACAGGUGUAAAUGUUGCCAGGUGUGCGCCCAGGCAGAAGGGGAAGUCUGUGAUUUGCCAGGACAGGGGAACACGUACCCGAAAUGUGGUGACUACCUUACCUGUGUUCAGUCGGAGAGCAACAACGAUUUGGGAGUGUGUGUCUGUGACUACCAGGAUAACCUGUGUGGUACCGAUGACGUCACAUACACCAGUAUCUGUAAGCUUAGAGAGGCCCAGUCCAAGAAAGGACGUGAUCUGAAAGUACAGAGCUCGGGACCAUGCAAAUCAGCUCCCCGUAUCCUGACUGGUCCAGACAGCGUUACUAACGUUACUGGAGACAAUGUGGUUCUGAUCUGUGAGGCCGCGGGAUACCCCAUCCCUCACAUCGGCUGGCUGUUCCAGAGGACGGACACGGAGAUCAGCAACCUGCCAGGAGACGACAUGUCUGUCUCCACCGUAUCCCGAGGUGGUCCCGAGAAGUACCAGGUGACGGGGUGGCUUCAGGUGGAGCAGGCCAGCAAGCACCACGAGGGUUACUACAUUUGUGUGGCCCACAACAAGCUGGGCUCUGAUAAAAAGACAGGGAGGAUCAAGAUCCACGAGAAAGUAUUGAACAGGGUGGAACGUAAAGAAGAUGGAGACCAAAUCUGAGUGGAAUCACCAGAGUCUUUCAAAUAAAUAAUUCUAGCUUUAUGCUGUUUUAGCUCAUUAUGUUUGUUCAUUAAUUGUGAAUUACAUGUAUUUUGGAAUGAAUGCCACUAGCUGUUCACUAAAAUUCUCUGUCUCUGUACAUGUAUGUAUGAUGUAAACUAAUCCGGGUAUCUUGUCACGUUUUCUUUAUGUUGUAAAUCUGCAAUUUUUAUUUGUCCUUUGAGCAAAAUCUGAUUAUGAUUAUUCUUUGUGCCAAGCUAAAUACUCAUUUGUUUCUUUUUUUUUACUGAAUAUCAUAGCUUAUAUUUUUUAUUAUGAACCAUAUAUAAAACUUUAUAAUAUACUCUAUUCCUCGCUCGAAAUGACAAAAUGUCAAUGAACUUUUUUUGAAAUACAAUCUUGGUACUGAUAAGAUUUUCACAUAUUUUGCCAAAUUGUUUUGUUUAUUUGAUAUGUAUAGUAAUGAUCACAAAUUUCUUAAAACUCAAUGUAUUUUUAAUGUCUUUUUUAUUUAUUUCUCUCAUCAGUCAGAUAAAAUCGGUAUAAAUGACGUUGGAUUAUUUCUUAACUCAAUAAUUUUGGUAACAUAAAAUCUGGUUAAAAAUCAAGUCUUCCAUUUUUUUGACUACGCUUGAAAAUAAACUUCAAAAACUCA